GUAAUUUCCGGAGGAUUUUGAGUUUUGAAGCCAGACCCAGAUUCUUCUGUUCUUGCUCUUCCUGAGGUUCUGGAUUUGGUCAGAGAAGCUUAAGUUAAAAGGAUUUGUCUUUGAAGAUUGAUGUAAUUAAGCUGCUUCUGGGUUUUCAUCAGUUUGUCUAAAAGUGAGUGGAGUUUCUCAUCUCAGUCUGAAGCUCUUUAUUGGAUUUGAGCAUUUCUGGUUGUACAGAGAGGGUUGGUCUUGUUGAGAAGAAUCCUUUGAAAAACAGAGAGAAAUGUCGUUUCGAGGCAUUGUUCAAGAUUUGAGAGAUGGGUUUGGGAGCUUGUCGAGGAGGAGUUUCGAUUUCAGGCUCUCCAGUCUUCAUAAAGGGAAAGCUCAGGGUUCUUCGUUCCGUGAGUAUUCGUCUUCCCGUGACCUCUUGUCGCCUGUGAUAGUUCAGACUAGUAGAUGGGCUAAUCUUCCUCCGGAGUUACUCUUUGAUGUGAUCAAAAGAUUAGAAGAGAGCGAGAGUAAUUGGCCUGCAAGAAAACAUGUUGUGGCUUGUGCUUCGGUUUGUCGGUCUUGGAGAGCUAUGUGCCAAGAGAUUGUUUUGGGUCCUGAAAUCUGUGGGAAGCUCACUUUCCCAGUUUCCCUCAAACAGCCAGGGCCUCGUGAUGCAAUGAUUCAGUGUUUCAUCAAAAGGGAUAAAUCAAAGCUAACAUUUCACCUUUUUCUUUGUUUAAGUCCCGCUCUACUAGUGGAGAAUGGGAAAUUUCUUCUUUCAGCUAAAAGAACUCGUAGAACUACUCGAACCGAGUACAUUAUCUCCAUGGAUGCUGAUAACAUCUCAAGAUCCAGCAACUCUUACCUCGGAAAGCUCAGAUCAAACUUCCUUGGGACAAAGUUCUUGGUGUACGACACACAACCACCACCAAACACAUCUUCGAGCGCACUAAUCACUGAUCGAACAAGCCGAAGCAGGUUUCACUCCAGACGAGUUUCUCCUAAAGUACCAUCCGGAAGCUACAACAUUGCUCAAAUCACCUACGAGCUCAACGUGUUGGGCACACGCGGGCCACGACGAAUGCACUGCAUCAUGAACUCCAUCCCAACUUCAUCGCUCGAACCAGGAGGUUCAGUCCCUAACCAACCCGAGAAACUCGUCCCAGCACCAUACUCUCUCGACGACUCAUUCCGCAGUAACAUCUCCUUCUCCAAAUCAUCAUUCGACCACCGCUCCCUCGAUUUCAGUAGUUCUAGAUUCUCUGAAAUGGGAAUAUCCUGCGACGACAACGAACAAGAGACGAGUUUCAGACCGUUGAUUCUGAAAAACAAGCAGCCGAGGUGGCACGAGCAGUUGCAAUGCUGGUGUUUAAAUUUCCGCGGACGUGUGACAGUUGCAUCGGUUAAGAAUUUCCAGCUUGUAGCAGCAAGACCGCCGCAGCCUCAAGGGACAGGCACAGCAGCAGCAACUGCACCGGCUCACCCAGAGCAAGACAAGGUGAUUCUCCAGUUUGGUAAAGUGGGGAAAGAUAUGUUCACGAUGGAUUAUAGAAACGUGAAGGAGGAGGAGGAGAUGGUAUCAAUGUCAUUAUCUCAUCAUAAUCUCUGGCCACCGGAAUCUGGAUCUACGGCGUUUCGUGGUUUCGCAACCGCCGCUUCCGUACACGCCUGCCACCAUGUUAGCCGCCACCUCCGUCUUGGCUUCCAUCUUCGCUCUUCCCUUCAGAAACUGCAGCAUUUUUCUGAUGAUGCAAGAAUGGAGUUUGCAAGAUACCAAAGAGUGAUUCUAUUCAAUGGGACUAACUUCCUCAAGUCUAGAGUUGAUAUUCGAUUGUCCCCAUCUUCGUCGUUUGUAUGUUUCUUUAAUGGUGGAGAGAGUAGGAUAAACCCUAGAGGAGGUGAGGAAGGUUCAUCGAAUCAAGAGACUUCCAAGAGAAACACAGUUAACGGACGCAGAUGGACUAAUGUCCUCCUUGCCAUUAACGUUAUAAUGUAUAUUGCACAAGUUGCAUCCGAUGGGAAAGUGCUGACAUGGGGAGCCAAGAUAAACAGUUUAAUCGAAAGAGGUCAGCUAUGGAGACUGGCUACAGCUUCUGUUCUUCAUGCAAAUCCUAUGCAUCUCAUGAUAAAUUGCUAUUCUUUGAAUUCUAUUGGACCAACUGUUGAGAGUUUAGGUGGUCCAAAGAGAUUUCUUGCCGUUUACUUGACAUCCGCAGUUGCAAGUUCAGCUAUGAGCUACUGGUUCAACAAAGCGCCAUCAGUUGGUGCUUCGGGUGCAAUUUUCGGAUUGGUUGGCUCGGUAGCGGUAUUUGUUAUAAGACACAAACAGAUGGUCAGAGGUGGCAAUGAAGAUCUAAUGCAGAUAGCUCAAGUUAUUGCCCUAAACAUGACAAUGGGUCUACUGUCCAGACGUAUAGAUAACUGGGGACAUAUUGGUGGCUUGCUUGGUGGAACCGCAAUGUCAUGGCUUCUAGGACCACAAUGGAAAUAUGAGUACACGACAAGAGACGGUCGGAGAGUCUUCAUGGACAGCGCUCCUAUUCCACUCCUUUUGCGGUGGAGAAAUGAACAGCGACGUCUGUGAUUGGAGGCCAACGAAGCUGAACACUUCCUCUCUCUCAAUGCCAUGUGAAUAUAGGGAUUGAUGUUUA